AUGGAAAUGAAAGAACAACAUUCUGUUGCACUAAAAAAAUCAAACCUUACACCGAAGGCUAUAACACACCAAAAGUUUGGCAAAACAGCUUGCUACGCGGUAGAGGCGGUGAAGGAGGUUUCUCAAACUGAAUGUCCGGGGUUAUGUAUUCCACAGACGGGGCCUUGCCUUUACCGUUGCACAUUGCAGCUCCCAGAACUUAGGGUUGUGUCAGGAACAAGGAGGAUGCAGAACAAUCUGCAGCAGAGAUAG